UUUGAGCUAAAACACAAGCUCACUCCGCACUUCCGCGGCUCUGCCCUCGAUAACACGUCUCGGUGGGAAAGAAACAUAUGACGGGUGGCGUCGGGUCUUAACGGUUGUCGGUAUGACGGGUCUUCCUCACCGCGCGCGAUUUUCUCCAGUGGAAUGUACAGUCGUGCCGUCUUUGAGGGUACUUUAGGGUACAGCUGAUCCCCGGAGGGAAUAAAGGGAGGUAACCAAACUAGAUGAGCCAGAUACAUUCAGCCUAUAAUGUCAACACAUGAUCUGAAGUUGCAGCAGUCAAGUUGUCAAAGCGAAGUGAAAGCGAGCGUGACUUGUGUUGUCUCAGAUCAGGAGGGAUUGUACACACAAACUGAUAAAUCACGUUUUCAGAAUGUAAGUGAACAUGAGAAGAUACAUCCUGGACCAUUGGCUCAACACAUCCACAACAAGAAAUAUUUAGAAACUAGAACUACUGCUUCUUCACCAUCGCUGCAGUUAACAGGCCAGCAGAAAAGCAGCAGAGAUUUGCAGAUCAGGCAAAUAAUACUUCUCAGAUCUAAGGAAGACCUCUGUAGGACAUCUGAGGAGGAGAGGAAGUCUGCCAGAUUCACUUCCACCAUCUCUAUCAGUCUUCCCAACAGAAGAAACAAAAAAGACACAGCGGAGGAAAAAACACUGAAAGCUACAACUAACCUCACACAUGAAGCCAUAAAGAACACAGCUAAUCAACACCACACAGAGCUAAGGGACGUGCUUUCGCAGACAGACCAAUGUGGCGAAUCAACUGAUGAAUUAUUUAAGAAUGGGGAUGGGCCAAAAGCAAGCUUUGAUGAAGACAGUUUUACCACUCUGCAUCAACGUGGGACAAAGCAGGGACAAAAUACAGGAAUACAAUACAACAUAGGCCUUCAUGAACAAACACAAAUUGUCCACAACUACUCACAAAGACAUUCUGCUCAUCCUGUUUGUGAGGUUCAAACAGAAUUCAACAAGGAAUCUGGAGCCAACGACUGUAGAGAGAAUGCUGCCACAACCCCACAAUACCACAGUAAUCUGACCUCCCCUGAAGUGGACAAUGGUUUAAAAGCAAGCACUGAUUCCCAGUUUUUUGCUCACCAUUCAGAAGUUGCAAACCAGGUCUUGUCAAUAGACUAUUUACCUGCUCCUCAUUCUGAAAGCACCACUGAGCCAGAACCUGGUCUUAUCAAUAUUACAUCAGCUAUGUUGUCUUCAGCCCUGGCCUCAGUUCUUGUUCCACCUUGGAGUGGCCGCCUUCGAAGACCCAAGCAAGGAGGCAACGAAGUACAGCAUGAACCACAAGAUUGUGGACAGAAUAUGAACCCAUCUAGCUUAUUUCGCCAGGAACGGCAGCAACAACCAUUUCUUCGUUCCCAGAGGCGACCAUCUGAACACAUGUUGGCCCAUGAUAAUGACAUGCAGUUGACUGCAGGAACCAGCAAUAACUCUCCUGACUGGCAAAAAGAGAACAAUUCCCCGAACAUCACAACCACAAUACAGCCAAAGAGACCCGUUACCAAGUCCUCCUCUGUGGGCAUGAUGUACAAUAAUACAGAUUUGCAUCCUUUUCCCACACCUCUGGACACUCGUCGGGUACCAGAGUUGGCCCAUUCAGGGUACAGAAUAUCAAACACUGGAGAUGAACAUGAGUCUUUCAAAUCAUUGAGCUCUAAGCCAACAACAAGCAGCCUACUUCUUUCCUUGAGGAGGUCAAAUUUGAGAAAUUCCAGUGCUGAGCCCACACAAUCAGAGACUCAGAUGACUAGGUCUGUCAGGUCCCUUACGUUGCCUAGCAGAGUUGUUCUGAAAACUCCAUCAUUUGCCCAUCCUGUUACCGCUGAUGACCAAACCCCUGAAUACCCAGACCCUCCUGCAAGAACGGAGGAAAUACCAGUCAGUCAGUUCCCUUUAUCACCUAGAAUUAGGAGUAGAGUGCCAUUAAGGGCAUCACUGUUUCUAAACAAACCAGAGACAGAAAUUUCAAAGAGACUAGAAGCUUCUAUUGCCAAAGCAGAGGAGGAAACUUUCCCACGCUCCACAACCAAAACCAGCCAACUUGGGGUUCUCAGAGCCCAACAACGUUCUUAUUCAGUUCUUUUGAGGGAAUAUUCCAGUACACAAGACAUAGAUACAGUGGAACAAAACACUGCCAACAACACCAACCUGCAAAACUCCAAUAUGACCAAACAAGAAGUAACUCCAGAUACCACAAUUUCUCCCAAAGAUUCAACUAAUUUUAAUGUUCAACAAUCUGGCUUUAAUGUCCAAAAAUUAAAAUCACAAAGCACACACAAUAUAAUAGCCAGCAGUUCUUUGGGCACAAGCACCUUCACAGACAGGCUUAACUACUCACCCAGGAAAGACUCUUCUGUUGAUGGAAGUCCCACAAAUAUAUAUCUGGACUCUAAGAAAUAUUCUCAGUCAAGUCAAAACACAAUGGAUCUUUCGAGCCCUCUUUCUCCAAGCAGACCUCUCAGAAGUGUAAGAGUACCAAGCAUUUAUUCAUACCUACGGGAGUACAGCCCGACGCUGUCCACCCCUUCCCCUUCCACCCCUUCUUCCCACAUACAGCGAGCUGAAACAUCGCCUCCUAAGCAAGAUAGAGGCGUAACACAGCAGGGUGACCAGAAAACACUUCCCUCAAAAUUUUCAUUUGACUUCAACCCUUUUGUGCCACAGGCACAAGUGUUACAAAAAAGCUCUUAUGGCUCUAAUAUAUCACCAGCUCAAUCUCUGCCUCCUGAUUUUGGACGAAGAUCAGCACCUCGUCUCAGUACAUCUCCAUAUUCAGGCCUCAUCUCCUCACGACCUACACUCAACAACACUUUACAAGAACUACCCUCUCCGCCUGUGCCCAAAACUCAUAUCCGAUCCACAUCUUAUGAUAUUGUAACCACUCCUGCAGACUUCAAAAAAAGUGAUCCAAGCUCUUCACUGUCCACAUACACAAGCAUUAUAAGAAAACCAAAGGAACAGUUUGCUUCUUCUAACAGAGAACAGAGGACAGCAGUUCAAGCUUACACAAGCGCCCUAGAUAAUCACAAACCUGCCCAGCCAUGCCUUUUACAAACUGCACCAGAUGCAAGUUUUGUCAUGGAAAGCCAAAGCGCUAAUAUAAGCCCACACCCAAGGCAGCUCAACACAGGCUCUAACAACUUCUUUCAUCAGGAGCAUGAUGGCCUGAUGGAACUUCAGCUUGAUAAGGGUAAUUCUUACCCCAAGCACAGGGAGAGUGAGAAAAAUAAGUAUUUAUUACCUGAUAAGCUCACAGUAGAAAGUGAAACUCCACUGACAUCUGAGAAGGAGAUUCCUGCUGUGCAUAUGCGUGAGAGAUUGCAGGAAAUGCAAAGUUCCAAUUCAAAAAAAGGCCUCUUUAGUUCACGAGUUAAGAAAGACUUCUCCUCAGCUUCUUUGCCAGACAAAGAGGUUGUUAGUCCCCAGUAUUUAAAAACCAAAAAACAUUUGCCAGUGUUCAGAACGAACAGCAGGAUUGACCAGAUGUUAAAUCGCUUGAAACUGACAUUUGGUGUCAAACGUUCAGACAGCUCACCUGACACACUACCAAAAAAGAACAAGAGUUCCACUCAGCAGCCCUCAGAUACUGAGACUUUUGAAAGUCCCAAGACAAAGGAGAAAACAUGCUCUGAGAGCCACCCGGCACCCUCUAACUCCUCUUUAACAACUGAUAAAACCUCUUUAGGUUCCUUGUCACUACUAACACUAAAGAAAUCUGAGAAUACAUUAAAUAUGAGUGGACAAAAUAGGUCUAAGGCUGAAAUAAAUUAUUCUGGGUCCCCACAGGAGGGGCCCAACCCGACCUUGACCAUCGAUAAAGCAUCUUUUGCCUCUUUUGGGUCUUUGUCGCCACUUACAUCAGAGAAAUCUGAGAGUACUUUAAAUAUGAAUUGGCAAAAUAGAUCUACAACUGAACAAAAGGGCUCUGGGUGCACAUGGGAGGCCCCCAGCUCAUCUUUGACCACCAAUAAAGCAUCUUUUGCAUCUUUGUCGCCAGUUACAUUAAAGAAAUCUGGGAAUACUUUAAAAAUGAAUUGGCAAAACAGAUCUACAACUGAACAAAAGGGUUCUGGAUGCACACAGGAGGCCCCCAACUCAUCUUUGCCCACCGAUAAAGCCUCUUUUGCUGCUUCUGGGUCUUUGUCACCACUUACAUUCAGGAAAUCUGAGAAUACUUUAAAUAUGGACUGGCAAAACAGAUCUACAACUGAACAAAGUGGUUCUGGGUGCACAUGGGAGCCUCCCAACUCAUCUUUGACCACGGAUAAAGCCUCUUUUGCUGCUUCUGGGUCUUUGUCACCACUUACAUUCAGGAAAUCUGAGAAUACUUUAAAUAUGGACUGGCAAAACAGAUCUACAACUGAACAAAGUGGUUCUGGGUGCACAUGGGAGCCUCCCAACUCAUCUUUGACCACCGAUAAAGCCUCUUUUGCUGCUUCUGGGUCUUUGUCACCACUUACAUUCAGGAAAUCUGAGAAUACUUUAAAUAUGGACUGGCAAAACAGAUCUACAACUGAACAAAGUGGUUCUGGGUGCACAUGGGAGCCUCCCAACUCAUCUUUGACCACGGAUAAAGCCUCUUUUGCUUCUUUCGGGUCUUUGUCGCCACUUACAUUAAGGAAAUCUGAGAAUAUUUUAAAUAUGGACUUGCAAAACAGAUCUACAAAUGAACAAAGUGGUUCUGGGUGCACAUGGGAGGCACCCAACUCAUCUUUGACCACGGAUAAAGCCUCUUUUGGGUCCUUGUCACCCUUAACAUUAAAGAGGCAUAGCGAUGAAAAUGGAAAUCGGUCUUAUGGUAGGAGCUUUAGUCCACACAGGCAAAAGGCCCAAAGUAUGAAUCGUUCUGCCACCUUGCCACAUUACAAAAAAUCCUCUAUCGGUCCCCCAUCGCCCUUUUAUUUGUUUGAUUUUGAUUCAGAAGACAUUCAGAAUGACAAUGUGUUUUAUAGUCCAUUGAACAAAAAAACAAAUUCACUUUGUGAGUCUGAUGACUUCUCUCCUCAGAGCGCCACCAAGAGUCCUGUGCACCAAAACCUUGUGAGGUCUCACUUGUCCUCAUCAUGUGCUGAUUUAAAGUAUGGUCUACACAGUGGACGAUCUUUCUCAGUAAGCAGUGUGGUUUCAAGCCGCCCAUCAGGUCCUGGACGAAUCUCAACAAGCAGCAUCAGCGACCUCUCAAGUUUGGAAGAAUUUCUGCCGAAGGAGAAUUAUACAAUAGUUGACUCUCCAAUGAGUAGUAGCCAUUCCCCAAUCUAUGAUGCAAAAUCUAUCACUGGUAAACAGUCUCAAUAUGGAUAUACAGAUAAUCUUGAUCUUGAUCAUGAUGAUGCAGACCCAACCCCACCUCCAUCACCAACUAUGUCCUCUUCACCUCGUCGGAUAUCCCAGGCUCCUUCUGUGUCUUCCCCCAUAUGGACAACUCCAGAAAAUCUGUCUCCUCCUCGUGGAAUCCUGUCAUCAAGGAGCUACAAAACUAGCAUGACUGUUUUUGAGGAGUCUGAUUCUGACACCACAACCGAUGAUGAAUACUAUCUUGAUAAUGGUGAUGCGGCAGAAACAGAACUUUAGAGGAGAGUACAGUUGUAUGUUGUUCAAUUCCAUCAUGUUAUAUAUACUGAACAUUUAAAAAUGUUGGGUGGGGGUCUUCUAUGACAAAGCUGCAGCAACAUUAGGCCUCUGUCAAAACAAUCUAAACUGUAAAAACAACUAGAAAUCCAGAUUGUAUAUGAAUAGAAGGAAUUAUAAUUAUAUCAGAACUGUAAGGCCAUGUUGAUUUCAUAUUUCUUGUUAUAAAUGAAAUAUAAUGGGUUUUUGAAUACUUUAGUGCUUGAGGAUAACAAUGUUUGAUUUCAUUAUGAAUGUAUUUACAAUACAGUACAAUGCACUGUUUCAUUAGCUUUUUAUACAUAUAUAUAUAUUAUGGAUCUUGAGGCUUUGAAAUGGUGAAUUCUCAUGUCAUAACUUAUUGAGGCCUGUCUCCUGUAGGUUAUUGGCUGUUUCAUUCACUGUGGCAUUUCAAAGCAGAGUGUGUCAGUCACAAUACAGUCUUUUCCUGACAGACAUUCUAUAGUCAGAAGCUGCCAACCAAGAAACUGAACCCCAGUUAUGUUUACCAGAUCUAUUUGAAUAAUAGAAAAUAGAAAAAAGUAAUAUUGGUGCCCGCAACACUGAUGAUUCCACUUUAAUUAUGGCUAAGUCUGUAAAGAUGAUGAUGUAACAGAUGCUUGCUGUCCAUUUGAUAUUAUUGUUAAAAGUAUGAAAGUGUUACCUUUCACAAUCUAUGCAAAAGACAUACCACAGAUGAACUAAGCAUUCUUAAAUAAGACCUUACGGUUGAUUUUAUUUGCUGUAUAAUGUAAUUUGCUGUUUGUGUGCGUCAUGUUUGUGUGUGGCUUUCAGUGUAAUUUUAAUUGAUCUUUUAUUGUAAUUUAUUUUGCAGGGCAGGGGGUUGGGGCAUCAUUUCUCCCCUAUAGCCUUAGGGACCUCCAUAAGACCUGUCAAUUGCAACACUGACCUACAGUACUACCAAAUGUUGUGUAACCUAUGUCUAAGGUCCUUUUUGUAAGGCCAUUUCUUGAAUGUCUUUAUUAAAACAGUUAUAUUUAUGAACAUUUAA